AUGGGAACCCGUCACGCCCAGGGUUUGCUGGUCCUCUUUCUCCUCGGAGCCUCCUGGACUCUGGCGCAAAAUUUGAGUUGUCACAAGGGUACAUCCUUGAAUAUAGACGACUCUCCAAGCACUGCAUUUAACUGGACCACAGAGAAAGUUGAGACUUGUGACAAUGGAUCAUUGUGCCAGGAAAGCGCGCUGAUGAUUAAAGCAGGGACCAAUGCAGCUAUUUUGACCACUAAGGGCUGCAGUUCCGAAGGGACACAGGCAGUAACAUUUGUCCAGCACUCUCCACCCCCCGGCAUAAUGAUAGUCUCCUACAGUAGCUACUGUGAGGACUCCCUUUGCAACAACAGGGUGAACUUACCAGACCUAUGGAAUCCAAGCAUAUUGCCAGCUCCCAAUACGUCAGUAACCCUCCAUUGCCCAACUUGUGUGGCUUUGGGGUCCUGUUUGAAUGCACCUUCUCUUCCCUGUCCCAGUGGUACAACUCGAUGCUAUCAAGGAAAACUUAAGGUCACUGGAGGAGACAUCGACUCAACUUUGGAGGUCAAAGGUUGUACAUCCACACUUGGUUGUAGGCUGAUGUCUGGGAUCCUCACAGUAGGACCCAUGUGGGUGAAGGAAAUGUGUCCACACCAAUCUACCAUUCAAUCCAGAAACAUUGAAAAUGGGGCCACCACCUGGUUUCCCAUUUCAUUUGGGAGGUUAGAGCUACUGCUGCUGCUGCUAUUGCUGUAA